AUGGCUCCUGCAAAUGGCUCUUUUGUGACUCAAUUCAUCUUGGUGGGAUUAACAGAGCGACCAGAUCUCCAACUCCCAAUGUUCUUCCUGUUUCUACUUAUGUAUAUGGUCACUGUGUUGGGAAAUAUGGGUUUGAUGACUCUAAUUGGGCUGAAUUCACACCUACACACCCCCAUGUACUUUUUCCUCUUUAAUUUGUCCUUCAUAGAUCUCUGUUAUUCUUCUGUCUUUACACCGAAAGUGUUGACUAACUUCAUAUCAAAGAAGAAUAUUAUCUCCUAUAUGGGAUGCAUGACCCAGCUCUACUUUUUGUGUUUCUUUGCCAUUUCUGAAUGCUAUGUGCUGACAUCAAUGGCCUAUGAGUGCUAUGUGGCCAUCUGUAAACCACUUUUGUAUAAUGCUGCCAUAUCCCCUAAAGUGUGUUCCAGCCUCAUGCUUGUUUCAUACUUGAUGGCAUUUUCUGGUGCCAUGGCCCACACUGGAUGCAUGCUGAGACUGACCUUCUGUGAUGCAAACUCCAUCAACCAUUAUUUUUGUGAUAUCUUCCCUUUGCUCCAGCUCUCCUGUACGAGCACCUACAUCAAUGAUCUGGAAGUUUUCAUUGUGGUGGGCAUCAACAUCAUUGUGCCCAGUGUCACCAUCUUUGUCUCUUAUGGUUUCAUCCUCUCCAGCAUCCUCCACAUCAACUCCGCAGAAGGCAGGUCCAAAGCCUUUGGUACCUGUAGUUCCCACAUAAUUGCUGUUUCUCUGUUCUUUGGAUCAGGUGCAUUUAUGUAUCUCAAACCAUCUUCUGCUGUGUCUAUGGAUGAGGGAAAAAUCUCUUCUGUCUUUUAUACCAAUACGGUUCCCUUGAUGAAUCCCUUAAUUUAUAGUUUGAGGAACAAAGAUGUUAAACUUGCUCUGAGAAGAACUCUCGGCGUGAGAAAGUUUUGA